CAACAGCGAAUUGGAACAAAAACAAAGAAAGAACAGCCCCUCUUUUUUUUAGAAAGAAAGAAACCAACGGAGAUCUUUUUCAAAGUGGCCUUCAUGGCGGCUGAUCAGAUUAGCUAGCGGGGUAACAGACCGUUAUCUGGCAAAGUGUCACUGUGGGAGCAGCCGCGCGCUCGCUGUCUUCUGCUCGCGUCGUUCGCUCUCUCCGAAUCGGCACGGUGAUUCAGCCUGGUCAUGGAUGUAGCGGUAGCGCUGGUCUUACUUCUCUCGACGUGUAACGGUUUCUCCGGGGAACUGUUUUCCUCGCCACUCAUAAUCAAGGAGUGGGUGGAUCAGAUGCAGCAUGACCUGGUGAGCUUGGCGGAAACGGCCAGUGGGGUGACAAGCUUCUCCAAGAUCUUUAUGGACAAGAGUAAAUACUUCAGCGUGGAGCCCAACAACGCGGCGCAGCUGGUGGUGAACGCGGCCAGCAACAUCGAGAAGCUUCUCUGCAGCCGCUCCAAGACCCUGGAGGAAUUGGCGGAGCAUGCAGAGGCUUCCCAGAUGGAGCACCAGUGGAAGAACGAGUUUGUGGACGGCGACAUCGAGUACUACAACGCCAAGGACAAGCUCAGCUCCAACGCCACCGAGUCCAAGAAGAACCGGAUCCGGCCGGAAUUCAAGGAGGACGCGGCCUUCAAGCGGCCCAUUUCCUACAACCACACGGCGGUCCACAUUCCCACCGACAUCUACGAUGGCUCUACCAUCGUGCUGAAUGAGCUGAACUGGACCAAGGCGCUGGAGGACGUGUUCCGUCGGAACCGGGAGAACGACCCCACCCUGCUGUGGCAGGUGUUCGGCAGCGCCACCGGCCUGGCUCGCUACUACCCAGCUUCUCCGUGGGUGGACUCCAGCAAAACGCCCAGCAAGAUCGACCUGUACGACGUCCGCAGGCGGCCAUGGUAUAUCCAGGGGGCGGCCUCACCGAAGGACAUGCUGAUUCUGGUGGACGCGAGUGGCAGUGUCUCCGGGUUAACCCUCAAGCUGAUUCGCACUUCCGUUAGCGAAAUGCUGGAGACCUUGUCCGACGACGACUACGUCAACGUGGUCCAGUUCAACACCAUCGUGAAGGACGCCGCCUGCUUCCGCCACCUGGUGCAGGCCAACGUGCGCAACAAGAAGAUCCUGAAGGACGCCGUGCAGAACAUCUCCGCCAACGGCAUCACCGACUACAAGAAGGGCUUCGAGUUCGCCUUCAGGCAGCUGGCCGUCAAAAACGUGACGCGUGCAAACUGCAACAAGAUCAUCAUGCUGUUCACUGAUGGCGGAGAGGAGAGGGCUCAGGAGAUCUUUGACAAGUACAACAAAGACAAGCAGGUACGCAUAUUCACAUUCUCCGUCGGACAGCACAACUACGACAAAGGACCCAUCCAGCGGAUGGCCUGUUCCAACAAAGGAUAUUAUUACGAGAUCCCCAGCAUCGGAGCGAUUCGGAUCAACACACAGGAGUACCUGGAUGUGCUGGGGAGGCCGAUGGUGCUGGCAGACCGUAAGAACAAGGAGGUCCAGUGGACCAACGUCUAUCUGGACGCACUGGAGCUUGGCCUUGUAAUUACAGGGACCGUUCCGGUUUUCAACAAGACCAUCGUAAGAGAUGGCAAGGACGGAUCCCAGAGAAAGAACCAGUUGAUUCUGGGAGUGAUGGCCAUUGACGUGUCUCUGGAAGACAUUAAGAGGCUCACUCCUCGGUUCACGCUCGGGCCCAACGGAUACUACUUCGCAAUGGACCCCAAUGGCUACGUCCUGCUCCAUCCCAACCUCCAGCCAAAGAAUCCCAAAUUCCAGGAGCCGGUGACUCUGGACUUCCUGGAUGCGGAGCUGGAGAAUGAUAUCAAGGUUACGAUCCGGAACGACAUGAUUAAUCUGACCACGGGGAAUGAGAAGAUUGACACGCUGGUGAAAUCUCAAGACGAGAGGUACAUAGACCGCGGAAUCCGCAACUACACCUUCGCCCCCGUCAACGGCACCGACUACAGCCUGGCGCUGGUGCUGCCCGAAUACGGCUCGCACUACAUCCGAGCAAACAUCGGCGAGACCAUCUCAGAGGUCAAAAUUUUAGAGAGCAUGCAGGAGUCCAGGUUUGAAGAGUAUGGACACACCUUCAUCGCCCCCCGGGAGUACUGCAAGGACCUGAAGAUCUCGACCAACAACACGCAGUUCCUGACCGACUUCAACGAGCUGAUCGACCGGAACGCGGCCAACAACCGCACGUGUGACAUGACUCUGAUCAAGAGGCUGCUCCUGGACGCCGGGCUGACGGCCGAGCUGGUGAAGCGCUGGAAGGAGCAGAACGCGAGUGGAGUUGUGGCCAGGUUUGUUGCCACUGACGGGGGGAUCACACGCGUUUACCCGAGCAGCGCCGGGCUGGACUGGAAGGAGAACGUGGAGACGUACGAGUCCAGCUUUUAUAAGAGGAGUCUGGACAACGACAUCUACAUCUUCACCGCACCCUUCUACAACAAGAACCAAUCCGACCUGGAUUCUGGCAUCCUGGUCAGCAGGGCCAUCGAGCUGAACAUCAAUGGAACCAAGCUGAAGCCAGCCGUGGUGGGAGUGAAGCUGAGUGUUUCUGCCUGGAAGGACCGCUUCAUCAAAGCCACCAUAAGGACCAACUGCAAGGAUGAGAUCUGCAGUUGCCUGAGCAACGACCAGCACGUGGACUGCAUGAUCUUGGACGAUGGUGGCUUCCUCUUGAUGUCCAACAGGGACAAGUACAUCACCCAGAUCGGGCAGUUCUUCGGCGAGGUCGACCCCAUCCUGAUGAAGACCCUGGUGAAUAUAUCCCUGUACGCCUUCAACAAGACGUACGACUACCAGUCCGUGUGCGACCCGGAGCGAGGGGGCAAGACCACGUCGGGCCAGCGGUCCGUCCACAUCCCCAUGAUAGCUGAUAUCCUCCGUAUAGGCUGGUGGGCCUCGGCAGUGGCAUGGUCUGUACUGCAGCAGCUGUUUCUCAGCCUCACGUUACCCUCUUUCCUCGAAGCAGUGGCAGUAGAGGACGACGUGCUGGAGGCCUUCUCUAAGGAGAGCUGCAUCACGGAGCAGACGCAGUACUUCUUCGACAGCACUAACCGCUCCUUCGGUGGCUCUCUGGACUGUGGAAACUGCUCCAGGCUGUACCGCGCCGAAAAGCUGCUGAACACCAACCUGGUGUUCAUCAUCGCCGACGCCGCGGAUCUGUGCACGUCCUGCGACACCAAGCCCCUGAAACAGGCCGAGCAGCACUCCCAAGGCCCUGACCAGUGCGAGCUGGCCAAGAACCCGCGGUACAGGAAGGGACCGGACUCCUGUUUUGAAAACAGCAAAGAUGAGGACGACAGCGACUGCGGCGGGGGGUCCGGGCUGACCCCGUCGCUCUGGGCCGUGGCGGGGGGCCAGCUGGCCGCGCUCUGGGUCCUGACGGGGCCGCGGCGCUACCGGUCCUGA